AUGUCGCGGACGCAAGAAGGAGAUGGGGAAGUUGACAUGAGAAUAUUUGACGGGGCAAUAUGGGGUGUAUCUUCCGUUACUAGUGCAGAUGAGUUUUUGAUCCAUGUAGUAAAGGAUAUGGACGUCGAGGACAACAACACGAAGUCCGGGAGUCACCAUUUUGCAGCGUCUAAUAGCGGAGUAAGAAGGUUGCUAGAGAUUAGAGCUAUCGGCGAUGGGAGCUAUGAUCGGGUUCCAAAUCGCAAAUGGAAGUAUCGCAAACGGGAUCAUCAUCGACCCACAUUCAUGUCCUUCUACUGCAUGUUGCGAGGAAGCUUCUUCCUCAUUGAUUCGGGCUGA